AUGGCCAAGCAUGGCGCGUCGGGCAGCUAUCGUCCUCGCAAAUCUCGCAGUCAAACGCCCAUGCCCGGCGAUAAUUCUCCCCGGUCUUCCGAGGACCAUUCUCCCAAUGGGAGUGACGAGGGUGAUCCCCGAUGCCCCCUGUCCGCAGACAUUCUGAGGAAGCGUGUUCCAAAGGGCUUCGAGAGACCUCCUACGCUCCCCGCGUACGAUGGCUUGACCGACCCCGACGAUCACAUAGCCAAUGUGAACGCUAACCUGGAUUUCAGGAACAUUAGCGGUGCCAUUAGGUGCAGACUGUUCCCAACCACGCUGAGGAAGGGAGCAAUGGCAUGGUACCAAAGCCUGCCCCCUCAAUCCAUCCAUUCAUGGAGGGAUCUGACUGAACAGUUUUCCAGACACUUCACUGCUUCCCGCAAGCAUCCAAAGACUGUGCACGCCUUGGAGGCCAUAUACCAAGCCGAGGAUGAAACUCUCCGCAAUUUCGUCGAGAGGUUCAAUAAAGAGGCUGUGCAAGUCGAAACAACCGACGAUAUGAAAAAAUACUUGCUGCAGAGGGGCCUUCGCCCGGGCAGCGAUUUUGCCAAAGCUGUGGGCAUAGAAAAACCACCCACCUGGGACGACCUCCUCCUAAAAGCUCAAAAGUACAUUGAUUACGAGGAAGUCCAGGCAGCUGAUGUCGCCCGCCUUGCCCGACCUGGAAGCAGCCACCCUGCCCGCGAGCCCUCCCAUAGGAACGAUGACAGGGGUGGCGACAGGGGACACGAUAGAGGCGGCGAUCGGGGUGGCGAGAGGGGCAGAGACAGAAGGAGGGGUGAAAGACGAGAGCCUCGUGGUCCUCCAAGCACAUUCGCCACCUACACCCAACUCGUCAAAUCACGGGGAGAGAUAUUCGCUGAGGUUCACAUCUCUGAGUUCGACAGAGCAAAUGUGAAACAACCAAAGCCAACCCCCCUAAAACCCGGCCAAGACAAAAAUAGGUACUGCAGAUACCACAAGAGUUAUGGUCACAGGACCGACGACUGCAUCCAACUGAAGGAUGCUAUUGAAAUCAUGAUCAGAAACGGACAACUAAGACAGUUCGUGAAAAGAAACAAUGAUCCUCGACCCGAAACCGCGGAGACUCGCGCGGUCGAGGAGGUCCCUCCACAGCCAGCCGGGCAGAAAAACGCCAAGCAGAUAGCUAUGAGCGUAUCCCGGCCAGAAGAUUUGGCUAUCCCCAGCGAUUUUGAGGACACUUAUACUGGUCCUACGCUUAGCACGGGGGACUACUUCACAGACUCACUCCUGGACGAGACACACCUCACCCCAUACAUGGGCUCAGACCUCACAGGAUUCAAUGGAGCAACUACUAGGCCUUGGGGUUAUGUCGACCUGAUCGUCACCUUUGGCUCCGAAGAGACUGCUAAGUCGAUCAGGGUGAAAUUCUUGGUCGUGGACUGCCCCUGCCUCUACCAGUGCAUCAUCGGCAGGACGGCCAUAGCAGACCUGAUGGCUGUCCCCUCCACCGCCCACCUGAAGAUGAAAUAUUACACUCAUAAGGGGCAGGUUGCUACUUUGCACGGGGACAUCGAAGCCGCGAGGAGGUGCUUUGACGCAGCAUCCAAAGGAAACAACUUCAUUGGCAAAGCUCCUGAAGCAAAGAAGCCAAAGCCUUCCUCGGAAACACCACCAAAACCAUCCCCGGAAGCACCACCAAGUCUGCCCGGUCCAAGUGUGAGCUCUGUUGAUCUUGACAGCCGUACCUCCAAGAAAGAGCAUAAGGAGGAGAAAAAGCUGAGGAAGGAGGAGAAGGAGGACGACGAGGCGAGCAAAGAGCAUUAUCGCCCCAUUCCAGAUGGAGACUUUGAGAUAGUCCAGUUUGGCGAGGAUCCAGAAAAAGGAGUCAAGAUUGGUACGGGACUCCCCGAGUUGGCGAGGAAGCAGAUGCUGACUUGUUCGCAUGGCACGCUGCUGACAUGCCCGGACUGGAUCCAAACAUCGCUUGUCAUCAACUUACUGUCGACCCACUUGCUAGUGCUGUAG